AUGGCACGGAAAAUGAAGGAUACAGAUUCCGAAGAGGAGAUCCGGGAAGCAUUCAAGGUGUUUGACCGCGAUAACAACGGGUUUAUCUCCGCCGCAGAAUUGCGCCACGUCAUGACCUCGAUCGGCGAGAAAUUGACGGAUGACGAGGUGGAUGAGAUGAUCCGCGAGGCUGAUCAGGAUGGUGAUGGCAGAAUCGAUUACAACGAAUUUGUUCAACUCAUGAUGCAGAAAUAA